AUGGAGAAAGAAACCCCCGCUAAAAAAGCUGCAGCACCCUCUGUGGCUCAGAUCAACGCAGAGUACGUCACGCAGUUGGCUAAUAAAUACUGGGCUCCUCAUGCCAAGAAUAAACUCCCCUUUGACCCAAAGGUGUUGGAAGAUGUUUAUGAAAAGGAGAUACUCAAGUCCAAAUUUGCCAUCAGAAAAAUCAUGCUGCUUGAGUUCAGCCAGUAUCUUGAGAAUUACCUGUGGGUGAAUUACACCCCCAAGGUGUCCAGCAAUGCCUACCUCAUGUCUAUUUGUUGCAUUGUCAAUGAGAAGUUCAGAGAGAAUGUCCCAGCUUGGGAGGUGUUCAAGAAGGAGCCAAGCCAUUUCCCAUUCUUCUUCAAGUGUGUGAUGGAGGCUGUUCUGAACGGAGACGAGGCUGGUCUGACUCUGAGGGAGCAAACUGUGCUGCUGGUUUUCCUGGACCACUGCUUCAACAGUCUGGAGGUAGAUUUGAUCCGAGAGCAAGUGCAGCAGCUCAUUUCUCUACCUAUGUGGAUGUGCCUCCUACCAUCCAGACUCCAGCAGGAGCUGAAGAAAGUUCCAAAGCUGCAGAAGUUCUGGAAUCUAAUCAAGAAAAAAUUUGAUAAGAUGGAUGCUGACGCAGCUGAGCAGGCCAAAAAAGAGAGGACAUUCCUCUUAGCUCUCAUUAAAAAGUUUCGUGGAAUUUUGAUGUCCAUUCCACCAUCAGGUGUCAUGUCCAUGGACAAAGUUCAUUACUGUGAGAGAUUUGUUGAACUCAUGAUUGACUUGGAGGCUCUGCUGCCCACCAGGCGUUGGUUCAAUACAGUGCUGGAUGACUCUCACCUGGUGGUCAGCUGCCACCUGUCCAGUCUGGCCCAGAGAGAGAAGGAGGGUCACCUCUUCUGCCAGUUGCUGGACAUGCUGAAGUUCUAUACAGGUUUUGAGAUCAAUGACCAGACAGGCAACGCCCUGACACAGAAAGAGAUGACCACACUGCACUAUGACAGAAUCACCUCCUUGCAGAGGGCAGCAUUUGCCCAUUUCCCAGAGUUGCACGACUUUGCCCUUUCCAAUGUAGCAGCAGUGGACACGAGAGAAUCCCUGACCAAACACUUUGGACAUCUCAGUCCCAAUACACUCCACCAGGUGGCCUCGUAUUUAUGCCUGUUGCCAGAGUUGGCUGAAGGACAAGACACAAUCUAUGAGAAGGAGUAUCUCCUUGAGCUGCUGGUGUCCCGCCAUGAGCGCAGAAUCUCUCAGAUUGAGCAACUUAACCAGAUGCCCCUUUAUCCAACAGAGAAGAUAAUCUGGGAUGAGAACAUUGUCCCAACUGAGUACUACUCAGGCGAAGGUUGCCUUGCCCUGCCUAAACUGAACCUCCAGUUCCUGACCCUCCAUGACUACUUGUUGAGGAACUUUAACCUUUUCCGUCUGGAGUCUACCUACGAGAUCAGACAGGACAUAGAGGAUGUGGUGUCGCGUAUGAAACCAUGGCAGUCAGAGUAUGGGGGAGUGGUGUUUGGUGGCUGGGCCAGGAUGGCUCAGACGAUCACUGCCUUCUCCAUAGUAGAGGUUGCCAAGCCCAACAUUGGAGAGAACUGGCCUGCUCGUGUUCGAGCCGAUGUCACUGUCAACCUCAACAUAAGAGAUCAUAUUAAGCAUGAGUGGGAAGGGCUGCGGAAGCACGAUGUUUGCUUUCUGAUCACGGUGCGCCCCAACCUGCCCUACGGCACACGCUUCGACCGGCGCCAGCCCUUUGUGGAGCAGACUGGCUUGGUGUACGUGAGAGGCUGCGAGGUGCAGGGCAUGCUAGAUGAUAAGGGACGCGUCAUUGAGGAGGGACCUGAACCAAAACCUAAGCUGCGAGGGGACUCCAGAACAUUUCGGGUAUGGCUGGACCCAAACCAGUACCAACAGGACAUGACCAGCAGCAUUCAGAAUGGCACUGAGGAUCCCUAUGAGACCUUCAACAUCAUUAUGAGACGGAAACCUAAGGAGAAUAAUUUCAAGGCAGUGCUUGAGACAAUCAGACAUCUGAUGAACACAGAGUGUGUUGUCCCAGACUGGCUUCAUGACAUUAUCCUGGGCUAUGGUGACCCAGGCAGUGCCCACUACUCCAAAAUGCCCAAUCAGAUCUCCACGUUGGACUUCAACGACACCUUUUUAUCCCUGGACCAUUUACGAUCUUGUUUCCCAGGUUACACUGUUAAGGUCACUGAAGAGAAUCCUGAACUGCAGGUGCCACCCUUCAGAAUAAGGUUCCCUGUGCAAAAAACAACAGACAAAGGGAAGAAGAGGAAGGCUGAUGAGGAAGUGGAAGACAAAGAGGAAGACUUGACCUUGAUUGUUGAGCCCCAUGUCACUCCCAACCGUGGGCCUUACCCCUACAACCAGCCUAAACGGAACACCAUUCAGUUUACUCCUACGCAGCUUGAAGCCAUACGAGCAGGAAUGCAGCCAGGACUCACUAUGGUUGUCGGGCCGCCAGGUACCGGAAAAACUGAUGUUGCUGUUCAGAUCAUCUCUAAUCUCUAUCACAACUUUCCUGAACAGAGGACCCUCAUAGUGACACAUUCAAACCAGGCUCUGAACCAGCUGUUUGAAAAGAUCAUGGCUCUGGACAUCGACGAGCGCCACCUCCUGCGUCUGGGCCACGGAGAGGAGGAGCUGGAGACUGAGAAGGACUUCAGCAGGUAUGGCAGGGUAAAUUAUGUCCUGGCCAGAAGACUGGAGUUGCUUAGAGAAGUGGGGAGGCUGCAGGAGAGCUUGGAUGUCCCUGGAGAUGUUUCCUACACCUGCGAGACUGCUGGACACUUCUACCUCUACCAGGUGAUGUCUCGCUGGGAAGAGUAUAUGAGCAAGGUCAAGCCCAAACAGGGCAAGAAAGUGGAGGUUGAGGCUGUGGCCGCACACUUCCCCUUUCACAAGUACUUCUCCAACGCCCCCCAGCCUGUGUUCAAGGGCCGCUCCUAUGAAGAGGACAUGGACAUCGCAGAGGGCUGCUAUCGUCACAUCAAGAAGAUCUUCACCCAGCUAGAGGAGUUCAGGGCCUUUGAGCUGCUGAGGAGUGGAUUGGACCGCUCCAAGUAUCUGCUGGUUAAGGAAGCUAAAAUCAUUGCCAUGACCUGCACCCAUGCUGCACUCAAACGCCAUGACCUGGUGGAGCUGGGAUUUAAGUACGACAACAUCCUGAUGGAAGAAGCAGCACAGAUUUUGGAGAUUGAGACCUUCAUCCCUCUACUCUUGCAGAACCCAGAGGAUGGCUACAGCAGGCUGAAGCGUUGGAUUAUGAUUGGAGACCACCAUCAGUUACCCCCGGUCAUCAAGAACAUGGCCUUCCAGAAAUACUCCAACAUGGAGCAGUCUCUCUUCACCCGCUUUGUGCGUCUUGGGGUGCCCACUGUAGAUCUGGAUGCUCAGGGCCGUGCACGUGCCAGCCUGUGUAACCUGUAUAACUGGCGCUACAAGCACCUGGGGAACCUGCCCCAUGUCCAGCUGCUGCCCCAGUUCCAGGUGCCCAACCCCGGCCUCACCUUUGACUUCCAGUUGAUCAAUGUGGAGGACUUCAAUGGGGUGGGAGAGUCUGAGCCCAAUCCUUACUUCUACCAGAACCUGGCAGAGGCGGAGUACUCUGUGGCUCUGUACAUGUACAUGCGUCUUCUUGGCUACCCUUCUGACCGGAUCAGCAUCCUUACCACCUACAAUGGACAGAAACAUCUGAUCAGAGACGUCAUCAACCAGCGCUGUGCUGGCAAUCCCUUCUUUGGACAGCCUAAUAAGGUGACAACAGUGGACAGGUUCCAGGGUCAGCAGAAUGACUACAUCAUCCUCUCACUGGUCCGCACCAAAGCAGUGGGACACCUGAGGGAUGUGAGGCGUCUGGUGGUGGCCAUGUCUAGAGCCAGGCUGGGUCUGUACAUCUUUGCCCGGGUCUCCCUGUUCCAAAACUGCUUUGAGCUGACUCCCGCCUUCAACCAGCUCACUGCCAGGCCACUGCAGCUGCACAUCAGACCGCAUGAAUACUACAGCCAGGAACAGCCUAGGGAGGCUUCUAGUCAGCCUGACCAGGUAGUGAAGAACAUGCCAGAGAUGGCCAACCUGGUGUACAAUAUGUACAUGCACAUGAUCCAGAGCACGCAGAAGUACAGACAGCAACAGCAGAAGCUGGCUUUGCCACCGCAGCAGACCAGUGCAGAGGCUGCGGUCCAGGAAGAAGCAGCUAGCUCUGGGGAGCCGCAGGAAGAGACCCCUAUGGAGCAGGAAAGCCCAGAGGGAGAAGCAAACAUGGAGCCAAACUCAGAGCACACAACAGAGAGGGAGGGAAACCAGGAGACAGAGGAUCAUGCUAAGAUGCCAGAGCAUCCUGGCAGAGACAGUGACAGUGAUGACGAGGACAGUACAGAGGAGCAAGAGCCAUAGAGUGCUCUCUGUGUAGCUCAUAUGGGACCACUGUCUUAUUAACAGCCUCAGUUAUUGAGGGGCCUAGCUGGACUGUCCCUUAGAUAUAGAGAUAAGUAGCGUGGAGUCAGUGGGUUUAGAUUUGUGUUCUAAUGAAGCCAAGAAAAUGGAGGGAAAUCUUGAGGAUAAUGUUGCAUUCUUUUUUUUUUUUCAAAAACA